UAUACAGUGAGGUUAGAAGUGCUUAACUACACUAUAUGUGAUGUCCUACAUAUAUCUUGCUUGACAAUGAACGAGGAGCUGCACUGGUGCUUGUCUUUGGAUUGUCGUUUUGAGUAGAGCUUGUAUCACGAUGCCGGAGAAUGCAGGGUUAUCCACGGAGGACAAUGUGAAAGAGGAGGGGGAAGAUAGGUCGAAGAGGGAAACUUGGGCUGAGAAGAGAGAGUAUAUUUUGUCCAUGCUUGGCUACAGUGUUGGAUUUGGUUCGCUCUGGAGAUUCCCGUAUCUUUGCAACAGAAACGGUGGUGGUGCCUUCCUCAUCCCAUAUUUCACUGCAAUCAUCGCAUGCGGUGUUCCGUUGUUCUUCCUGGAGGUGUCCAUCAGCCAGUUCUCCAGCAGGAGUGCUACUCAUGUUUGGGUUCUAUGUCCUUUACUUAAAGGAAUUGGCAUCUCCCAAUUGUUAACAAGCAUAAUUGGAAUUAUGCCGUACGCUCUCAUAACGGCUUGGGCAAUAUACUAUCUGGGUCAAUCCUUCAGGUCUUUAUUGCCCUGGACAACGUGUGACAACUGGUGGAAUACCCCAGUGUGUAUCAAUAAGGUAACCAAUGGCUCAUCUGCCGUCUACUUCAACAGCACUGUGGAACAACAACUUCUGCACAACGCCGUAUGGAGAAAGCCCAACACGACAUUGACGGCGUCGGAGGAGUUUUGGCAGUUCAACGCCCUUCGAGUGUCAACUGGGAUCGACGAUUUUGGGUCUGUGCAGCCACACUUGCUUCUUAGUCUCCUGUGUUCAUGGACUUUAGUGUUUCUGUGCUUGAUGAAAGGUGUGCGGUCUGUAGGGAAGGUUGUGUACGUGACCGCUGUGAUGCCGUACAUUCUCCUGACGGUGUUACUGGUAAGGUCGUGCAUGAUGCCGGGGUCUGGCGAUGGACUUCUUUAUUUCCUUCGUCCCGAUUUCUCACGACUUGGAUCAGUUCAGGUAUGGCUUGAAGCUCUCCUACAAGCCUUUUAUUCCAUGGGCCCAACGUUCGGCACACUCAUCACUAUCAGCAGCUACAACAAAUUCCAUAACAACUGUCUCAGAGACGUGGCACUGUUGACCAUCCUUGGAGAAGCCAGCAGUAUAUUUUGCGGAUUGGUAGUCUUCUCGACCAUAGGAUUCAUGGCUCACGAGGCUCAAAUACCUAUAUCGGAGGUAGUAUCGUCAGGAGCAGGACUUGGUUUUAUCAUCUACCCUGAAGCUAUAGCCCAACUACCCUUGCCUCAACUGUGGUCAGUGCUAUUUUUCCUCACACUGCUGUCUUUGGGGAUAGACACACUGUUUGGGUCAAUCGAGACGAUCAUAGCGGGGAUAUCAGAAGCUUUCCCUCAGUAUCUGAAGAAGAAAAGAGUUCAUGUCACAGCUGGAGUUUGUCUUUGUAUCUUCCUGCUUUCUAUUUCGUACACGACAAGGGGUGGAGUCUACCUCUUCCAACUUCUAGACUGGUAUGCCUCCUCCUUUAGCGUCCUGCUCAUUGGUUGCCUGGAGUGUGUGGUGAUCUGCUGGAUUUAUGGUUCUAAGAGGUUCAAUCGGGACGUGGAGAUGAUGCUUGGGCGACGAACCCCAGUAGUGCUGAGUAUCAUGUUAUCCUACAUCACUCCAGUUAUUCUUUUUGCGGCUCUGAUCCUGUCUCUCUUCAUGUAUGACCCGCCCAGCUACGGGGCAUACGUAUAUCCAGACUACGCAAAAGUAGUUGGAAUCCUUAUGGCUGUUCUCAUGACUGCACCGAUACUGGUCAUGCUGAUCUACCAGGUCGCCCAGAGGGAUGGAACCAUCAUGGAGCGUAUCAAAAGUGCAAGUCUACCGUCUCCUGAAUGGGGCCCCGCCCGACCCGAACACAGGAUAAUCUUCCUUGAAAGAGAACAUACACCACAAGAGAUAAUUAUUGAUCAAUUGCCUAAAAUAGAUCCCAUGGAUCCCUGAUGAUCGUAGUAGAUCCCAUGGAGCGAUGUAGAUUACUCAUUAGGUCUACAUUAUAUAUAGUUGGAAUUUCUCUAGCGUGGACGUUCUAUAUUUUACAAAUAAGGAAGUACAUAUGAAUUUUAUACUCAGAACGGCUUGGUAACUGUACCUUCUGAAUACCAUAAUCAUCUUUUUUUUGGUUUAUCAAUAUUGUUAGUUGUAGAUAUAUUUUCUGCAUGUUAGAAUACCUCAAGUUAAAUAAAUAUUAAACAUAUUUCAAAUCGUGGUAUCAUGCGUUCCUAUUUAGUAUUUUAAGAAAUACGUCACGGUGAUGUCAUUGGGAUUCUAUUCAACAGGAAGACAAAAGAAUUAUUCACAAAAGCUGAAAGUCUUAAUUAGUCAUAU